UGGAGUGGAGUGUACGGUGUGAGUUGUUGAGAGUUGGAAGAGCGAAAAGAAAGUUGUGAAGAUGGAGAAGAGUUCAAAAGAGAAAGAGGUAUCAAAGGUAUGCAAGAGAUGCAAGCAAACGUAUAAUCCUGCUUCUAAUUCUUCUACUUCUUGCCGUUUCCACCCUUCCUUCUUCGUAUGUCGCCGUCACGAUGACCAAAAAAGGUACUACGAAUUGGGACCGGAUGAUCCGCCAUAUGCUGCCAAGUUCUAUGAUUGCUGUGGGGCUGAAGACCCUGAGGCAUCUGGAUGCACUUCCAAUUUUCAUGUCUCUUAUGAUGAAGACUGAUGUAAUAACUCACACACCCAUUACUUGGCACUGGAUAAUCUGUAACCUUGUUAAUAUCAUUUCAACAUUCUACAUGGUAUAUGAAUUCAUCAGCUAGCUACAAUUCCACUACUUUGUUAUGCACAAACUGAAAGUUUGAUGAGCAUAUUGAUGUUGAUUUCUCUAGUUA